GUGCCGGAGGCUCGAGCGCAGACAAUCGAAAUAUCCAUUCGCGCGAUGUUUAGAUCUACGAAAUAUCAUAUUUACAUAGAAGGGUGCCCGUAAUUCAGGAAUCAAAGAACAUUAUUUGUUAUUUUUAUAUAUGGAACAUUUAAUAUUCACGAGUCUAAAUUUGUAUAGGCUGAUUUUUGCUGAUAUUUUACCGGUGCAUUUCAGGAUUUAAGACUGCCCAUUCUCUUGCGCUUGUCUUUAUUGUCGUCGCCUGCCAGUCUCGGGCAUUCCAGUUCCGCUUCGUAUCCUUGAUGCACUGCACGCUGUUCUAGUCCUCUGCCAGAAAACAUACCUUCGCGUCGGAAUAACAUGGCCCGGACCAGUCACGUUUACUGAGACUGAUGGAUGCCAAACAGCACUCCAUAAAGAGCCUAAAGAGCUACCCAGAAGCCGGGGGCCGGAGCCUGGCGGCUGCCGCCGGAGACGUCGGCGGUGGAGGUGGUGGAGGAGGGUCUCGUGCCGGCUCCGCACAGAUGGAGAUGGAGGCAAACAUACAGAAAGCCAUAGACUUCAAGGUGGAGGGCCAUCGCUGCUACAAGGAGAAAAAAUUCCGGGAGGCGAUAGGGAAGUACCACCGGGCUCUGCUGCAGCUGAAAGGGGUACAUCUAGUUGAUGGACCCACGGGUUCCGAGGUCAACCUCCUGAGCCAAGCCACGGUCAAGCUGACAGAAGAGCAGCGGAGGACGGUGGAGAUCACGGAGAUCGAGUGUUACGACAGCCUGACAGCGUGCCUGUUGCAGUCUGAGCUGGUCAACUACGAGCGUGUCAAGGAGUACUGCCUGAAGGUGCUGGGCCACCAGAGGGACCACUUCAAGGCCAUGUACCGUGCCGGCAUUGCCUGCUACCAUCUGGGGGACUACGAGUGUGCCCUACGCUACCUGGGCGACGCCAAGGCCCGCGAACCCUCAGACACAAACGUGCUGCGUUACAUCCAGCUGACAGAGAUGAAGAUGAGUAAGAGCUGCCAGCGGGAGCGAGAGAGCGGAAAAGAGGCCCUGGGCUAACCUUUGACCUUUUGGCCUCAGUCACUAUAGCCUACGCUUCAAUCCAUCCACCAUCACCCCUCCUCUGUCCGCAGCCUCUCCUGUUUUAUCAAGCCCAGUCCUAUGGAUGACCCGAUGGUCGCUAUGACGAAGGACCAGAGUGGGGAAGGAAAAAGCCUCUCUCGAUCCUGCUACACAUCUUCUACUCUUCUCUGUUCUUCCCACAGGCGCUGUUGCUCUUUACCCCAGAUGCUGACUGUCAAGCAAACGAUAAAACGUAACAAAGGAAAAUACUGUACUAUACAUACAAAAUAGUGGUGGUUGUCCGAAAGAAAAAGAAGCUUAAAAAAAAUACAUGAACAAGGAACAUUACGUAAUGUAGUAGCGGUGUAAAAUAAAUUAUAAUUAAUUAUGUUUCUGUCACUUUGGAUGUGAGGACUGAGGAGAGGUCCAGGGUUGGUAAAGGGACGAGGGGAAGAUGCUGAGGGGUAGGGUUGGGGGGGUGUGCUACACAAUCAAGACUUCAGCCCAGUUCGACUAUACACCCGGACCCACCCUGUCACAAUAGAGGUGUGAAAGCCACUCUGACCCAGGCAAUCCCUGGGAGAUAGGGCCUCAUGCUCAGAGAUCAGGCUAGCUAGCACGCUACAUCUCUGUCUUUUUAACAUGGAGAAGUCUUCAGACAAGCCUGCCUUUGCGCUCACAACAGAUCUCUCUUCUUUGUCUUUUUCAGCUUAUAGAAUUGUCUCAGUUUCUCGGACUGUUUUGAAUUCAAGGGCUAAUUCAAGUGUUUGUAAUUUGUCCUUUGAGAAUAUGUAUUUAUUUUGCUGUUGGUAUUCAUUUAUUGUACGUACUACUAUCAGUUGUUAUAAAGCAAAGUGUGUGACCUUUCUCUUUCUAAGAAACAAAAAAAAACGAAAUCCCCUAAUGAGUCGCUCAUCUGCUGUUAAACGAUGUGUUUCUGUGAAUCUGUUGGCCUCCUCCCUACACUGUGUUGUGGUGUCUGACUGUUAGCCCCCUCAUCCCCAACCUCCUCCGUUUGGAAGUGAAUGAUGUCACAAUGGAAAAUAGCCAGCCCAGCGGGGUUCCAUCGAGCACUGUCUGUAGGACGGAGUUUUACUCUGGGUUCUACUUCCAGGCCCUUUAUCAAAUAAUGCUGAAUCUUCCCCUGACAUCAGUGACAUUCCAAGACAUUUUGGGCAGGUGUUUGUGCAGGGAAUCCAAUCAUGCAUACAUGGACUGUAGUCUGAAGUUUCUCUUCCAUCUCCCUCAAUAACAGCAUCAACCAGAGGGUGCUAUUUGAGAUUCCCAUUAAAUUGUGUAUAUCUACAAUAGUUAUCAGAUGUGCAACCAACAAAACAAAUUUGCUCCCAGGCUAUAGCUGACAGGCUGUGCACUGCUGCAGUGCUAGACCAAGACAGUUUUCUGAUAGGGGCUAGGCCAGAUAAUAGCAGACCGCACAUUCGGACCAGCUAUCCAGCCACUGCUAACAUGCUUACCUUCUAAAGGCCACUUCCAGUGGUGUUAAGAGUGCUUAGCAUUGCCAGAUCUUUUAAAGAACCCUGCCAAAGCCUAAGGAAAGGUUUGACUUGAAUGAUAAAGCAUGACCCUAAUUCCUCCAGCUAAUACCGCAGAACCCAAUUUCCUCCGCUGUAUGGCAAGACAAGCCCCUGCAUGGUAAUGUUCGGCUCAAGUGGUAGCCAUUUUGGAUCCAGAUGUCCGGGAUGGUGUCUGUUGUUUUCAAUGACAUGGCAUGUUGAUCACUUUUCCGUUUGUCCCAGUAGCUCUCUCUAUAAUCCCUGACAACUCUGAAUUAGUUCAAGGAAGUAGUAAGCAGUAUAUUCUGCUACAUAGGGAGAUAUUAUGAUGUUUAGGGUACCAUAAAGAAAUGAAUUAGGGUCAGCAGCAAUCCCCUACCUUGGCCAAGGUGUAAGAUUGCAACAAAACUUCAGAGGAGUGGAUAAUAUUAUAUCAGAGAGAUGUUAAAUUAUCUUACUAUGAACAGUUCUCAUCGCCUUGUGACCUUAUAAGAGUGGAAUGUGUUUCAACAGGAUUCUGGAGAACCAUGCCAGAGAAAAACAUAAUACAAAAGACAUGCUCCACUGGAGAGAGAAAUAGGACAGCAGCUCCCAGAACACAGCCGGAAAUCCACUGCUACUGAUUUAUUUGUUUACAAUCAAAUCAAAGUUUACUGGACACAGCGUAGCAGAUGUUACAGUGACCCAGUGUGGGAGAACUUAGAAGAAUAUCUCUCUCUGCCUGUCUAUCUCUUUCUAUAGCUCUAUCCUCUCCCAGUUCUUAUUCUCUAUGCCUCACUCUGUCUUGAUCUGUCACUGUUACUCAUCUCUUCUUUCUCUUCCUACUUCUUUCUCUCUGUACAGGUAUCUUGUAAACUCCAUAGUCUCUAUCAACCUCACCAGUGUCUUUAUCUAAACCUCACAACUGUCUCUAUCAACAUCACCACUGUCUCUGUUAACCUCACCACUGUCUCUAUCAACCUCACCACUGUCUCUGUUAACCUCACCACUGUCUCUAUCAACCUCACCACUGUCUCUAUUAACCUCACCACUGUCUCUGUUAACCUCACUACUGUCUGUUUCAACCUCACUACUGUCUCUAUCAACCUCACCACUGUCUCUAUCAACCUCACCACUGUCUCUAUUAACCUCACUACUGUCUCUAUCAACCUCACCACGUCUGUUUCAAACUCACCAGUCUCUAUCAACCUCACCACUGUCUCUAUUAACCUCACCACUGUCUCUAUUAACCUCACUACUGUCUCUAUCAACCUCACCACGUCUGUUUCAAACUCACCAGUCUCUAUCAACCUCACCACUGUCUCUAUUAACCUCACCACUGUCUCUAUCAACCUCACCACUGUCUCUAUUAACCUCACCACUUUCUCUAUUAACCUCACCACUGUCUGUUUCAAACUCACCACUGUCUCUAUUAACCUCACCACUGUCUGUUUCAAACUCACCACUGUCUCUAUUAACCUCACCACUGUCUCUAUUAAUCUCACUACUGUCUGUUUCAACCUCACCACCGACUCUAUUAACCUCACCACUGUCUCUAUUUACAUCACCACUGUCUGUUUCAACCUCACCACUGUCUCUAUUAACCUCACCACUGUCUGUUUCAACCUCACCACUGUCUCUAUUAACCUCACCACUGUCUCUA